CCUCGCUAUUACAAUAUUAUUUUAUGAAAAUUUUUAUAUUUUUCAAUUUAAUAUGUUUAUAUUUAUUAUGUUAGUUGUAGGAUGUGCUAAUAGUCUAAAAUAGGUAAAAAUUUUGUUUAAUACAUUCUUAUAUUUUUGUAAAUAAGGCUGCUCUAUUCAUAGUACAUUAUUAAAAAAAUUUGUAUUAAGACUUCUGUAGGUUUUGUUUAGUAUCAUAUUUUUUUGUAUGAGUAUAUGCAGUUUUUUAUGUGUUCAGUAUGAGUUCUAAAAUAUCACGCAAAGCACUUACUAUAACUGAAAAGUUAUCAAUUUUAGAAAAGUAUGAUGCUAAUACUACAUUUACAAAAAAAAAGCUAGCAAAAUUGUUAAAUAUUCCAGAAUCAACAUUACGAACAAUAAUAUACAAAAGAAAAGAAAUUGAAAGUAAUGCUUUUAAUGGACCAACUAAACGAAAGAAAAUAAAAUUUGGGAAAUAUUUCACACUAGAAAAAAUUCUAGUAGAGUGGAUUCAUGAAGCUAAUGUUUAUUCUGUACCUAUUAAUGGUCCCAUUAUCCAAGAAAAAGCCUUGGAAAUUUCCAAAUUAUUGAAUAUUAAAGAUUUCAAUGCAACUAAUGGAUGGUUAGAUCGAUUUAAGAAUCGACACCAUAUUGUUUAUUCCCGAAUCAACGGUAAAUUCAAAUCUGAUGUUGAUAAUAAACUUUGGUUUUUAAACCUCAUGUCUAAGUAUACCAAUAAAUAUGCUUCAAAAGACAUUUUUAAUGCUUGUGAGUUUGGAUUGUUUUUUAAAGUAAUGCCUGAUAAAUCAAUUAUGUAUAAAAAUAACAAAUGUUCCAAUGGUGAACUAAGUGAAGAACGUCUUACUGUGCUUAUCUGUGCUAAUUCUGAUGGGACAGAAAAAUUGAAGCCACUUGUAAUUGGAAAGUCGUUGCAACCUAAAUGUUUCACAAAUAUCAAAACUUUUCCAUGCGAGUAUAUUGCACAAAAGCAAGUAUGGAUGACUAGUGAACAUUUUAGUUCUUGGGUCAAAGAGUUAGAUUUAAAAAUGGGAGAAAAAAAUCGUGAAAUUUUAUUAUUUCUGGAUAGUUGUCCUGUUCAUUCCAAAAAUAUUUCAUUAAAAAACAUGAAAUUAGUGUUUUUUCCAGAGAAUGUCUCAAGCAAACUUCAACCUAUGAAUCAAGGUAUAAUUAAAGUCUUGAAACGAUAUUAUCGAAAGCAUUUAUUUCUACGAUAUUUAAAUGUUAUUCAAAACUCAAACAUUAAACCACUCAACAUAUUGGAUGCAUUAUAUUAUAUAACUGCUGCGUGGAAUAGCAUACAGCCCCAGAUAAUUGCUAAUAGUUUUAAGAAAGCUGGAAUUAGCAUGUCUUGUGGUGAACUUGUUGAUAAUGCUAAAUCAAAUGACUUAGAAGAUGAAUCGUUUAAAAACACUCAAAUUAAUUUUGAAGAAUAUGUUGAAGUGGAUGAAAAUCUAAUUACCUAUGAGCCAAAUUUACAAAAUUCUAAAAAAGAAGUUAAUUAUGUUCAUAAUGAAAAUAAUGGUGAAGAAGAUGAUGAUUCAACAAUUGAGGUUUUACCUACAUUAUCCUGUACAAUGAAUGCUAUCAAUGUAGUAAGGCGUUUUAUUUCUACAUUAGAAAAAAGUGAAGCAGCUAUGUAUAAUAUUAACUGCGUUGAGAAUGAAAUUGUACGUAAACAAUCAAACUUGUUAUAAAAAAUGUUACUCGAGAUUAAAAUAACAUAAGAAAAUUGUUCAAUUUCAUAGUAUUUUGUAGGAUUAAAUUAUCUUUUAAAUACAUCAUACAUUUCACAUUAAAUAAAUUGGAAACAUUUAAUAAUAAAUGCUUAAUGUAAAAUCUCACAUAAAUAUGAUUUUCCUAUGAUCUCUUGAUAAAUGUAUAUGAGGUUUUACUGUAUGUAAUUUAAAAUGAAAAGUUACUAUCCAACAGUAACUAAUCAAAGUUAUUUUUUACUUAAUAGAAUUUAAAAUAUAUACUCCUAGUCCCAGAUCACAUUUACAGCUUUUACAGAUUACAAUUUUUCAUCAAAUUUACUAAAAUGCCAACAUGAAUUACAUUCCAGUGACUUGCAACAACUGCGGGUUGGAUAUCAUACCAUAGCUUUAAUUAAAUAAUCAAUUCUUAUUAGAAAAUUCAAAAUUUGAUAUGUAUUCUUCAAAUAGAAUCCAUUGGUUCAAUGGUUGCAGAAAUAUAAUAACAAUUGGAAGUAAGAAUAUAUAUUCAGAUCGUAUGAGUUGUUCUAAUAUAAAAUAUGAAUGGCCUUAUCCAUGAGUUUCAUUUUACCAAUUUAUAAAUAUAUUGAUUUAUAUAAAAAGUCAAUAAAUAGUUUUUAAUAUUAUUA